ACCAAAACUACCGAUCAUACAGAACUGUCCCUUGUAAUUGCGCCAAGAAAGUGAUGUAUGCUAUACAGCAGUAGACACAGACUUCCCAAGUUCAUUGACGACGUUGUUUUUGUUCGGUCUUGGAAAACUAAGGAUAACUGCGGAAAUCAUGGUCGUCAGGGAGAGAAAAUGUUGUAAACAUUCGGCCCUGUUUAUUCUCCUUCUUGCUCUGUGCGUAGAGGAUGCGUUUUGUCGUUCCGUCGUGGAGGGAAGUCGAGGAUUGUCAACUGAAGAAGGGACGUGCAGCCGACAGUGUAACGUCACCAAUGUCAACAACAUCACUGUCCUAGCGCCGCAAGGCACCCCAGGUCAGAAGGGACAGCCGGGGGAAAGGGGUACGCGUGGCAUGCCGGGACAGAGAGGUGUUCAAGGCCCGAGUGGUCCCCCCGGGGAGACGGGUCUGCAGGGCCCCCGGGGACCCAAGGGUACCAGAGGUCCCCCUGGAGUGGGGAUCUUAGCUGCCCUGGUGGUGGGUUUUUCUGUCGCAAGGUCUUCUGGGAUGGACAAGAGUAAUGCUGACCAGACUGUGGUCUAUGACAUUGUGCACACCAACAUCAAGAAUGCCUACGACAGCAGGACUGGAAGGUUUGUGGCACCGAUCGGAGGUCUCUACUUCUUCACCUUUACAGCCAUGAAGGGCAACGAUAAGUCUGGGUGUCUACUCUCCCUUAUAAGGGACACGUUUAUGGCGACUGGAGAACACAUUGUGUCAGUGUACAUGGGACCAAAGGGAGACUACAGCUCCACUAGCAACUCUGCCGUUGUCACCCUUGAACCUGAGGACGAGAUCUGGGUCCGCUUGGGAACGGGGUCGAGCCUCUUCAGCGACAAAAACAACUAUGUCACGUUUUCUGGGUUCCUGAUCCAACCACAGAUCAUGCCAUAGUGAUAGAAACUGACAAAUGUUGACACAAAUGUUCAACACAGUCAAAGCUGUAUAACUAUAAGGGGCCACCUUUGUCAACAAGGACAUUAUAUACUAGUAAUGGCUUGGCCACUUUUUAGUGGUUACAAAGAUACUUUGUCCCAUUAAUCCAAGCAUUCAUGGUUAAGAAUCUAGUCUGGAGUAGUCACUAUUGACAGGUUUGACUGUAGUUACU